CUAUAAACAGAAACAUAUAUAGUAUGACUACAGCAAAACAACCUUGCCCUAGAGUGAUCUUUGUCCGUCAUGGUCAAACCGAAUGGUCCAAAUCCGGACAACACACUUCCCGCACUGACAUUGACUUGACUGAUUUCGGAGUCAAGCAAAUGAGAAACACAGGGAAGCACUUAAUCGGUGAUGUCCACACCAAUAUGAUCAAACCCAAGAGCAUUACCCACGUGUUUGUGUCUCCUAGAUUAAGAGCCAGACAUACUGCUGAAUUAUUGUUGGAAAGCGUCGAUCCUAAGAUCAGAGACCAGAUUCCAGUGGUCAUCGACGAAGAUAUCCGUGAAUGGGAAUAUGGAGAUUACGAAGGAUUGAAAACUGCCGAGAUUAUCGAAUUGAGAAAGUCUCGUGGGUUAGACAAGGACUUGGCUCCUGGUGACACCUGGAAUAUUUGGCGCGAUGGCUGUGAAGGAGGAGAAAUCCAUACUGAUGUCAAGGCAAGAUUAGACCGUUUCAUCUCCAAGAUUCAAGCUAUUCAUGCCAAGUCAAUUGAAGACCAGGUGGCUUCCGAUGUCAUUGUCAUUGCUCACGGACACAUUCUCAGGUGUUUCUGUGCCAGAUGGGUUCAAAGAGAAUUGAACCGCAACCCACAAUUGAUGUUGGAUGCCGGUGGGGUUGGUGUUUUGAGUUAUCAACAUCACAACGUCAAUGAACCGGCUAUUUACUUGGCUGGUGCAUUCACCGUGCCGGUUGAAGAAGAAGGGGCUGACUUUUAGGCUGUGUAUUAGACUUCUAUAUGUACCUCGGCAUUUUUAAGUGCAACCAAUACACUCUGCC